AUGGUUCUUAAUCCCCAUUUUAUAAAUUUUGCUUACUUUAUAAGUCGUCUAAGUUUUUUUCAAUUCAUAAUCAAACCAAGGAAAAGAGUUUUUGUUAACUCUGAAAGUGAUGUUUCUCUUUUUGUCAGCAAUUUAGCCGCCGAGAAAAUUUUAGAACAAAAAGAAGCUAAACUUAUCAAAGCUGCCCUUAAUUUUGACGAAAUUAAAUUGAAAAGAAUUUAUUUAAAGCAUUUCCUUGAUCGUUACCCGGUUAUUAACAAAAAAAAGCAGUUAGUUGAUCACAUUAAUAAAGAAUUUAUCACUGCCCGAGCCCAUGAAAAAUUAGAUAAAGUCUUUGAAAAAUUACAAAAUAAUUAUUGUUAUUUAGCAAUUGUUAAAAGUGGUAAGAAUAUCCUAGGAAUCAUUACUUUGCAAGACAUUCUUAAUGCUUUAGUUGGAAAAAUGAAAGAUGAAAAAGAUAAAAUUAAGUAA